AUCAAUCACCAUCGGCGGGGCGCCAUCUUCCUUCUCAUUGUUGUUGCGUCAAAUCGUAGUGAAAAAGCAUCUAAAACUCGUAGGAAUUUGUAAUUUCGUAAAAUUACGUAGGUUUGUGACAUUUAUUUCGACAUUCUAAUGAUUUAGUAGUCGCAGAGUCAUAACAUCAUCGUAUAUUGUGACCGUCGUAGUGUAGCCUGGUGCUCCGCCGCCGCCCGGUGAUGACAUUUGUCUCCAUUGGAACAUUCCGUUUCACCUGGAGCUGGAUCUCUCCUCUCCGAAACGGACGAGUAUAAUAAAGUUUAUGGAAUGUGAUCGAUAUAUUGAGAAUGGACAAGACGUUGUUUCGACACCGCAGGCAUGGGCCUGCGGGGUCAAGCGUAAGUUCGGAAACGGAGGCAUGCGGGUUGGCGGGCCUGGCGGUCGUAGUGCGGGCCCUGGGCGAGUGCUGGCUCCCGGCGCUCUUCUCGAAGGCGGCGCCAUGCUCGCUGGCGGCGUCAGCGGCUCUCCUCGACGCCGCCCUGAGCCGCGGCCCUCUCCCCGAGCGCCGUUGCCACGAGUUGUGUCAGACUCUCCCUUUAUGAACAACAUGGACGAAAUCACUUAUUGGAUCGUGACAAAACGCGCGCCGUGCUUAGCAGGUUACAACAACCCCCUGCGGCGUGUGCAGCCACAGUGUUCUCGUGCGCCUCGUCACUCGGCUAGCCCUGAAGAACAAGGAGAGCCCGAGAAGAAAAAAAAGAAACUUAUUGUCUUGCAUGAUGAUUCUGAUACAUUGGACCAAACAAAUGUUCAAGUUGAGGCACCACCUCAACUUGAGUGUGAAGUGAUCAGUGAUGAAUCAGAGACACUUGUGUCAGAUGUGGACUUUAAUAUAAAAAAAUCAUCAGUGCAGGUCAAGAACAGAAAAACAAAGGCACAAAAGAAAAGCAGUUGUGCAGCUCUGCAUAAAAAAAAUAAGGUGGUCACAUCUACACCCAAGGUGACAACAAAUCUUAGGAGGAGCUUGAGAAAAGUUCAGUCUUCUGUCAAUAAUAAUAGCCAUUUAAACAGUACCCUUGAUAUCUUUGACACAUCCAAUGGCAACGAUCAUCCCACUGUUCCCAAGUGUCAGACAGGGAAAUUUGAGGAGAAUACAAAAUUAAUAAAUAUGUCAAACAAGGAACUAAAUGUUAAUACAUGUGCUGUAUCAGUUCCAAAACCAAACAAUGGGGUUAUUAAUGGUCAAUUUGAUGAUCUCAGUGACGUUUCUGGGUUCACAGCAAACUAUAUAAAGUCCACAAAAAUAAAUUCAAAAACUCCCAGAAAAGUAAGAAAUAAGCAAAGUAGAAACUUGGCUAAAGAAUCGAGACAAAAAUCAGGGCACAAGGAAGAGAGAUCUCUGAUUGUGAGUAUCAACAAAGCUACAGGGGAUCCAAAAACAAACAUUAUGAACUGCAGCACUGACUCUUCCCAGAAUAUUAUCAACCUUGUAACUGUUGAUAAAAAGUCAAACACAAAGAAACUUGAUAAAAGUACCUCCUUACUCAAGUUUAUGGAAAGCAAAAAAGGGCAAAAACUUGUAAAUACUAAGAGUGAGAGUAAAAAUGGUGUAAUGAAUACAUCUUUUCAGUCAACAAGUACAACUGGGUCCAGGUAUCCAAAGAGGCACAAAAAUAAUUCCUCGGAUGUAUUAAUGGUAGAAAUGUCUGAGAAGACAGAACCCUCCAAGCUAAGUUCAGAUAAGAGAACUGCAACUAAUCAACUGGUUUCCAGAACAAGGAGUGGGAGAAACAGGCAUUCUAAAGUUACAGAGCCUACAGUGUAUGUUCAUAGCGACUUUCCUGAAAGUACUGUGGCAACUGUUAAUGUGGCUAACGCAGUGCCAGAUGAAGCAAAAGAUAGUUCAAAGAAGAAAAGAACAUCAUCAAAGUGUGCAGUUGUAAAAAAGUCUCCUAACAAAACUGGACAAUCUAAUAAAGACUCUUUUAGAGAAAAAAGUGGUUUUGCUGCUUGCUUCUCUGACAGUGAUGAUGAUAAACCUUUAAAACCACAGAAAUACUUGUCAUAGCUUAAUUGUUAUUUUAAUGAGUAUGGGAUUUGUAGACAUAUUUGUGGAUAUGUUAUUAUGAACCUAGAGUUACAACUGUAAGCACCAAAAUCAUAGGUGUACCAAUUGGUUGUGUAAACUUAUUGCUACACAAGAAAUAUCAUCACAUUUGAUAUGGCAGUGAAACUGCUUUUCAGAUCUCUAAUGAUGAUUUCUAGAAUUGUAACUUGAUGAGCACAUGACUGGUUUUGGUAUUUGCAUUAACUCAUUGUCAAGUAUAUUCAUCGAUUUUGUUGUUCUUUACAACAUAAUGUGCAUUUUGGCAGCAGAAAUCCUGUCUUUUCAUAAUGAGGCAAAUAAAUAAAUGAGUAAUUUGUAAAGUAUAUUUAAUUUUGUAUAAAAGUGUUGUCAUAUUAUGAUGUAUCUAAAUGUAAAAUGUAUGUAACAGAAAGCAUUCUAAGAUUUUUAUCACUUGGGAACUAAAAAUAUGUUUUGCCAUGAUGGUUAUAAAUAACAAUGAUUUGUGCAGCCAAAUAUUGCACAUACAGACAACAGUGCCAUACUCAGUAUGGUACUUAUACAUAGCUUGUAUCACCCACCUAGAUGUAGUUCGUGUUAUAUUUAUUAUAUCUUAUAGAUCAUGUCAUAUUGGACUAUACACAAUUGAAUUUAUAAAUUAUAUAAAGUGCCAUUGUACCAACAACACUGGAAUAAUUGUCGGUCUCAUAAUUAUAAUUUAUAUUAUAUUAAUUUAUUUCAGUUCUGACUUUUUGUGUCUGUGUAUAUUGACACUGCCGAGGAUAGGAAUUGUAUACUGUAUAAUAAGUUAUCCAAUUACUGGAAAACUUAGGACAAAUCUUUGCAUGAAAACUUAGUACACUAUACUUUCCCAUUAUUGUAUUCAAUCAACUCUUGAAAGUAAUUGAAUAGUGUACAGUUGAUGUAAUUUAAUAUGAGACCAUAUGAAUGGAGUACCAUAAUGUAAUUUAAUAUGAGUCCGUCUUCUCAGGAUAGCCUAUUGGAGUCAGUACCUUGUUUCCAUGACUAAAUAUGUUACUUUUAUUUAAGUUUAUUUUUAAAUAACAGUACUGUUUCUGUUUUUUUUUUAAAGUCUUGUGUAAUAUAUUUGUAGCAUUUAUGCAUUUAAAUUAAUAGUAAAACCCUAUUAAUGAA